CCCGUUCUAUUGGAUACUGCAAGUGUCUGUAGUAAAGAAGGAAAACUCUGAAGCUCAGAUGUGCAAAUACAUCUAAAGAAGGAAUGAACUGAAGAUCCUCUUGGGAGAAAGAUCAACCAAACCCAGAAAACACAAUCCAGCUGCAGGAACUCCUUUCCCACAAUGACAUCCAUCCGGCUGCUGCUGCUCUCCCUAACUCUCUCCAGUGUCUGUGUCAGUCUGGGGCAGCUCAUUCCAGAGGCAAACGAGAAUGGAGAUAGAAGCCAUUUGGAUGACAUCCUGCAAAGGGCAGAAAGCAUCAUCCUUCGGUCUAUCCUUAAGAAAGCAGAAGAGGAGGAAGAGACUAAUAAAGAACCAAGCGCUCCUCAGCCAGACUCGUUUUCCAAAAGACAACACCCUGGGAAGAGAUUCCCCAGUGACCUAGAGAAGAGGCAGCACCCUGGGAAAAGGGAAGAUGAGGAAGAGGCAUCUUAUGGAGAAACUCAGAAGAGACAACAUCCAGGGAAAAGAGAGGAAGACGAUGACCUUGACAGUGACAUGGAGCUGCAGAAGAGACAGCAUCCUGGCAGGAGGUCAUUGUGGGACCAGUAUGUUGAUAUCCCUAGCACUGAACUGGCCUUUCGGAAUGAACUAUCCAAAAGGCAACACCCGGGCAAGAGGUCUCUGAUUUACAACAAGCGUCAACAUCCUGGCAAGAGGAGCUGGGAUGACAAGCUGGAUCUGGGCGACCAAGACAUGGAGAAACGCCAGCACCCUGGAAGAAGAUACAUGGAUUCUGAAAGUCCAGAUUAUGAUGCCCCCUGUGACCUCCAGGAUUCCUUCAACUGUCGCAAAGGCAGCUUCUUGCUCGAGUUACUAGAUAAUGUCAACAACGGCAGAGUAGAAGAGAAGCAGCAGCAUCCUGGGAGGAGGUUUGCUUGGGAAGGUGAAGCAGGAGCAGAGAAGUGAGAAAGGGCGAUUGCAUUGGCCAUCAUUUACAUUUGAUUCAGUGUGAUCUGCCAGGCCACCUAAAGUUCUGUUCAUUCCCCUCCCUACUCUCUGCUGCUGACCUGCCAUAUGAGUAACUCCUUAGAAAUAAAGCUAAAGUCCUCGAGGAUUAAAGCCCUGAUUCAGCUAGAUACUACGCAUGUACAUGGUCCCACUGAAGUAAAUGGCACAUCUCACAUAUUUAAAGUUAAGGAUGUGCUUACUUUGCUGACUCAGGGCACUAGGCUUAAUCCUGCCAAGUGCUGAGUGCCUUCAACUCCCACCAACAUGGUAAUUGAGGGUGCUCAGUAUCUUACAGGAUCAGGCUCUAAGAUGAUCCUUUAUGUGGACCCACCAAUGAGGGCUAGAAUGGCCCCGUUAUAUGAGUUCAGGAUACUAGAUGAUGAAGCAGAAUAAUUGCAUAAGAAGAGCCAUGUAAGUGAAAACAAGGGAAUACAAGUGAAUUUACAGAGUGGGAGAGAACAACUACAACAACAACAACAUGAAGUGAUUUCAAAAUGAAAUUUAACAGGGUUUUACUUUUAAAUAAUACAUUAGUGAAACAUGUACGCUUAUGCACUUCAGCCUAUUCUGAUAAUAAACAUUAAUUCCUGGGCAGAGAGAGAUUAUGCGCAUAUGUAACAAACUGGAUGUUUAGCUUUAAACCUUGCCUUCAAACAAACGACUCAAAACCAAACAAUAUUUCAUUUAGAAAACUACAGAACAAGGACAUUUAACAUGUCAUAACAAUUCAACAAGUUGAGAAG